CAUCAUGAUGAUAAUGUUCGUGACGACGACGAAGAAGGUUCAACAUUUUGCUCGCUUCUCUUUUCGUCGACGGGCGGACGACGGAGUUUUCGCUGCACAGCUCGGUCACUAACCACUCUUCUGUAAUCCGGAUUCGAAUUGCCAGCCAGCUGGUUCCGGGAAAAAGUGUGAAAAACGUCCGCGGGGAACCGAGUGCGUGUGGAAAAUCUUCCCCCCGUUCCGGAAUAGUGAUGUAGUGCGAAGAGGAAAAAAAAAGUGUGUUGAGGAUUUUCCUCCUCUGGGUUGUGUUCUGCUAUUUUUUUGCACCCUUUUUUUCUGGCUGGGUGUGAAGGAGAGGUGAAAAUAAGAAAAGAAGAAGCACCAGAGAGUGAAGUUUGAUUCGACGAAAAGAAGAAAAAACGCGAGUUUUCGGUGCCCUGCAGGCGGAAAGUGAUUCUGAGGUGGAAGAUUUUCUGGAUUCCCAACUGCUUGCCCAUUUUUGUCGGAAUUCCAGAAAAGGAAACCAGAAUACACGACGCAUUGGGACGCUGCUAUUUCCUUUUUCCGGAAUUGUGUUGAGUUCCCCCUGUUUGAAAAUGGAGUAAAAGCAAAAAGUUUGAUGGAGCAAAUCGAAAACGCAGACGGAGGGAUGUUCUGAACUGGAGAAAGCUAGGAAGAUUACUUACGGUGUUGUGAAGGGUAACCUGGUCCUAGCGCCCCCCCCAUAAUAAGAAGAAAUAACGAGAAGAAAACGACGACGUCGACUUUGACGACGAUAAAAAAAAGAGGCGAAUCAUUAUUCUUUAGUUGAGUUGGGAGUGGAGGAAGAAUUAGUGAAGAAAGAGCCAAUCGAAGAAUCGAGGGAAGAAGCUCCCGAAAGCAACAGAGCGGAGCCCCGUAAGCAAAGGGGAAGUGUCAGAAGAAAGGAAAGAUUGUGUGGUUUCGUUUCCCAUCCAGAUCGGAUUCUGUUCUGUUGUCAGGUGGUUGGGAAAGAAUAUUGGCCAGCAAACUACAUUUAAGAGGGAGUUUGGGGUUGAACGGUAGGACGCAGCAGCACCAGCUGUUCCCCUUGGAGGCAAGGACGGGACACGAUGCCGAAAUGUGAUGUCAAAACCAGAUACAUCCCAGCGACCUUCGCCUGGACACUGCUCUUGGGGACGACGUUCCUGUUUUUCUACUAUCCAUGUCGCCAGUUCUACGUGCAACGACACCCAUGGGUGCCAGCGUACCAGGCCGUCAUCACGUUCUUCGUCAUCGCCAACUUUACGAUGGCCACCUUCAUGGAUCCCGGUGUCAUACCGAAAGCCCCACCUGACGAAGAUCGUGAGGACGAGUUCCGGGCUCCGCUGUACAAAAAUGCCGAAAUCAAUGGCAUCACGGUGCGGAUGAAAUGGUGCGUGACGUGUAAGUUCUACCGACCGCCACGGUGUUCGCACUGCUCCGUAUGCAACCAUUGCAUCGAGACAUUCGAUCACCACUGCCCGUGGGUGAACAACUGCAUCGGCCGGCGGAACUACCGGUUCUUCUUCUUCUUCCUGAUCUCGCUGUCGAUCCACAUGCUGAGCAUCUUCUCGCUCUCGUUGAUCUACGUCCUCCAGAAGGAGAAGGACAAACUGACGGAGGUGGAACCGAUCGUGGCGAUGGUCCUGAUGGCGAUCGUCACCCUGCUGGCGAUACCGAUCUUCGGCCUGACCGGGUUUCAUAUGGUGCUAGUGUCGCGAGGGCGAACCACAAACGAGCAGGUCACCGGCAAGUUCAAGGGUGGCUACAAUCCGUUUUCGCGCGGCUGUUGGAACAACUGCUGUUACACCCAGUGCGGCCCGCAGUAUCCGAGCUUACUGAAACCGCAAAAGUACGUCGCCCGUCGAUCGAACAAGGAAAACCAAUCGAUCAGCACGAUCACGAACGAUGGUGGCCCGGGAGGUGGUGGCGCUGGCGGCGCAAACUCCAGUCGCCAUCUGAACUCCCAGCAGCAGGCCCUGAACGCGGCCGGAACCGGCGGUGCCGGCGGCCAGGGCAUCUACGAUAACAGUCGCCACACGCAGGUAAAAACCUAUAUGGACCAUGGCAAUGGUCACGGUAUUCGUACGGUCGGAUCCAGCCACUACAGUAAGCUUUCACCGGGACGGGAAUGUUCCGACAUCGACAUGGAACCGCAGGCAUCGCAGAGUCGGGAUUGCGAACCGACACCCCCGUUGCAGCGGCAUGGUUCCAAGAGCAACUUUUUCCUACCACCAAUCGAUGGUAACGGAGGGCUGAAUAUGAACGGAGGCGGCCAAAUGAUGCAAGGUGGAAACGGCGGAGGCGAUUCGCCGCGGCACAUACGAAUGUAUCACCCACGGCAUAGUCCCCAUCCCCGGCAGCGCGGCCUAGAUCCGUCACGGAGCUUCACGCCGGAAGGUUUGUCGCCGGAUCAGCCACCGCCGUUGAUCACGAUCCAGCAACAGCAGCAGCAGCUGCAACAACAACAGCAACAGCAAAACCAGCAGGGUAUUCCGCGGGGAGCGUCCGCGACGCCCACCAUGCAGCAAAGAAUCAAGGCACUCGGCGUAGCGACACCGUUGGCAAUGUCUAGUCCCGUUCGGAGGUCCAAUCCGGGCACGCCAACCCAACCCCGACGGCCGGACUUUAUCGGAGUGAACAUGGUCGGCCAGCAGCAGCAGCAACAACAGCCGGGUGCCACCUAUUACGAUUUCCCGCUGCAACCUCAGCAGCAACAAGCACAGCUCCAUCAAACGGGUCUUCCCCCGGUGCAUCCGUAUCACCAACAGCAACAGCAAGCCCAGUCCCAGUAUCCCAUGGUCCACCACAACGGUGGUCUACCUCAGCAGCAGCAACAAUCCCAGCAGCGAACCCCAAACGUUGUCUACCACCACGGAAGUCCCCAGCGACGGUAUCUCUCGGAAGGUGAGCUGGCUCGCCAGGGAGCAGAGCUGUCCUACGCCCGGAGCAACCAAACCGUGGACAACAUCCGAGAGCUAGCCGGUAGUCCCCAGCGGGGAGUCUACAUGUGGAAGGAUAUCUCGCCCGGUUUCAGCAGUAACGACGGUAGCAAUCAAGCGCAACAGCUUCUGGGCAAUCCCUCCCAGCCGCAACAGCCCCAACAAUCGCCAGGCGUUUUCGUGAGUAUGUCCCAAUCCGUAUACCAGAACACGCCCAGUCCAACGGCAGCUCAACAGCAACAGCAACAACCCCAGUACGGAGGAGUCAGUGCCGCCCGGUACCAACUCCAGCAGCAACAGCAACAAGCAACCAUGAAUAGUUACCACCCGGCGUUACGGGGUGGCGUUCCGGUGUUCCCUCCGCAGCCUCUUCCGCCGACAGCCGUCAGUCUCGCCAACAGUCAACCGCAGCAGCAGCAGCAACAAUCCGCACAAGUCCUGGGACCGCAGGCACCCUCGCCGCAGAUCAAGCGGAAAGCCACGCCCACCCGGCCGAUGUCGUUCGUGAGGGCGCUGGAGAUGACCGACUCGAUGGAACUGAAUGCAGCGACGGACAGUAGUGGCAACGGCGGGGCUGGUAGCAACGGAACUACCGGUGGGGGAGGUGUGCAAUCAGCGGGCGGCAGGGCGACGACUCCGACGCCGCCGGAUCGGGGCAGCGUGUACGACAUGAACUACGAGAUUUCCGUUUAACGCGACGGCAAACGGCAGUAAGUUGGGCGUCUUAGGUUCGUUUUUUAAGUUUUUUUUUAUGAGGGAAGUCGAGGCGAUUGUCAGGGGGGUGGGAACUUUGCACUGGGCGGCUGUUCUGUUUUGUUGAUUGUUUUACAGCGGUGGGUUUUCUGUUUCUGUUAUCACGCAGCUGCAAUCUUCCUUUAUUUUGUACAGAUGGGUAAUGUGCUCUUUUCGAAUGUUAGAUUAUUAUACUAUUGAGUAAGUGGUGUAAGUUGGAACGAGAACUGAUUGUGCAACGUUUAACUUAGAGGUUUGAAAAUAAGUUUGAUACGAUGCGGGUUAGAAUAUAUGUAGAUCUUUUAUUACAUUCAGAAGCAGGGAAUCAUUUCUUGAAACCUAACAGACUAAUUUACGAUCUGACCUCCAACAUAGCUUGAUCAGCUUGUAGUUUGAUCAGGUAUUUUAAAUAUCUGCCCUUCCAAAUAUUGUUGUACAAAUAGAUACCUAUAAUGUUUAACAAAUUUAUACCUAUAAUGUUUAACAAAUUUAUGUUUCUCAUGAAGUUUUAACAAUUUAUGAAUGUGAGCACUAUCGCAGACCAUGUUGGCUCGACAAUACAUCAGGAUUACGGAAAAAUUGACCAUGUGUCAUCAACGUGUCCAUUCAAUCAUCCGUGAAAUCCGUGAAAAGCGGGAAAAUCCUGGAAUUUCAAAUAACCGGUGAAAAUACGGGAAAUUGUAGAAGACAUCGGAAAAAAUUUGUAUUUCAAACACAAGAAUA